AUGGGUGUAAGUAAGGACCAUUACUAUAGACUGGCCUCAAACCUCUCCAAGGAGAGAAUCCAGGCAGCAACCUCUCUUAUAAAGGAGUUGGCUGAAGAAAAUUCCGAAACUGAAUACAAGUAUGCAUUACAGAGACUCAUGAGUGGGCUUGCAUCGGGUCACGAUUCUGCCAGGAUUGGGUUUUCCAUGUGUUUGACUGAACUUUUGUCUCUGCUAUCUGGUAGUGAGGCAUUGAAAUAUACCGCAAAGACUUUCUUAUCUGAUCUAAACACUCAUUUGGAUAAAACCGUUAAGGCAAAACAUAAAGGUAAGAAUUUACGUGCUUAUUUAUUUGCAAAAAUAUUUGGCAUUCAAUCUCUCAUUGGUUCCAGCCUCUUGGAUGAUCCACCACACUCGCUAAUUAUUGAAAUCAUUGAUGAACUCUUCUCUAUUGCUUUGACUAAAUCGUGGAUUAGAGAAAUUUCCGUUGUCACCAUAAUCAAAUUAAUCAAUAAGCUACAUUUGGCUGCCGAUAGAGAAGUCAUUCCUUAUAUAUUGACCAAAUUGGCAGAGAAUAGUCUAUUAUUGUCCAUGGAUGGGUUGCUCGUGUAUUUGACAAUUCCUGUUGCGGAACGCAAGAAUUUGUCUGACUUGGCAUCUAUCCAGCGGUCACAACAUUGGAAAAACGAUGAUCCUUUGACAAAGGGCAACUUGGCGGUGCUGAAGGAUGCAUUUUUGGAUAGAAUUGUCCAUAAUGACAAUGGGGACGACGAAGAUAAUAAUGAAAGUGAAACCAACGAGAAAGAUAAAAAGAAGAAAAAGAAAACCAAGGCAAAGAAUGAUCAGCAACAACCCCAGAUUCAAAAAGGCUCUUGGAAUCCACAACUACAUUAUGUUUGGGUGCCACUAUUGUCUGAACUCAUGGAGAACGAACGCGAAACAAGCCAAGAGCCACCUCAGAAGAAGAAGAAAUCAAGUAAAGGUACGAAAAACGAUAAGAAAACUUCAAACAAAUUAUCUUUGGCUACAUUUUGGCCUACUUUUGAUGCAACAUUUUUCUCAGCUAAUGCCUCGCCAGAACGUAAACAUACUGGACUUCAAAUAUUAGACUUAUCUUUCAAACUGCCUUCAUUUAUACCUGAGUUUUUCUCUGUUUUAUUUGAUCAAAAUAUCACUCGUUGUUUGAUUAAUCACACUUCUAAGAAGGACCGUGUUUUGCACUCUCUUUCGGUGAAUGUUCUUGAGAACGCUACUAAAACCUCUAAAACUUUGAGACAUGAAAAUGCAAGGUUAUGUAUGGUUCGUUCAUUGGAGAGACAAUGUGUACUAUUUGAUAGAGUUAGCAAAUCGAAAAUUAUUAGAGAUAUAUUGUCAAAUAUUUUUGAUGAUGAAUCAGACCCUAACAAUCUUGAAACUGAGGUCACUUUUUGGGUAGAAAUCAUCGAUUGGAUUAUGAACAAGUCAUACAAUGAACUAUCAUCAAAGACGAAUAAUAAGGAUGACACCCACUCAUUAGAGGAAGAUGUUCAUACAUUUAUAUUUGACUCCUUACUCAAUGUUGUCCGUGGCAACAAAAGACUGAUCAAAGCUGUCAUUGAAAAAUCAAACGAUAAAGUAUUAACCUUACAGGUGAUUUCACAAUGUAAAGAGAUUCUUGAAUAUUUUGCUAAAGUUAUUUAUGUCAAAGCCCAAAUUCCAUAUAGUGGAAGUACAUUGAAACUCGCAAAAGAUAGGUUGUCUUCAGUAUUAUCCGACCUUAUGGAGUGCAGUAAAAACCAAGUUGACUGGUCCGGUUUUCUUGUUGAAUUUUUGCACAAAUAUGAUCAAUCAAAUGAAUUGAUUACCACCAUUGAUAAUCUAGACAAAAUUGAGGAGGUUAAUGAUGCUGAUCAGGAUAGUGACGUUGAUGUCGAUGCUGAUAUGGGUUAUGAUAGCCAACUAGAUAUUAAACAAGUCAAGGAAAAAUCUUUCAAGGCUUGGAAUGAGUUGGCCAAAUCAGUUAAAUCCACUGGCUUGAAUAUUUCAAAAUCAAGAAUCAGUAAAUGCCUAAUCAUGUUAUUGAGCACAGCACUUCUGGAGUUGUAUGGUGGUGAUUUGGAAUCCGUAAGUAUUUUAAAUGAUUUGGAUAACGUCUACGAAGAUUUCAAGCAGGGGAAUGAAAGCUCAAACAUUUUAGACACAUUAAUUGAUCUAAUGUUAAGUUAUACGACACAAAAAAGUAAACUAAAGAAAAGAAUUGGUAAUAAUAUAUGGGAAAGUGUAUUUUUGGAUAUCAAGCAGGAGCAAUUAGACAGGCUGUUCGAUGUGUUGAUGACUAGAGAAAACAAGGCGGGUAUGGAACAACUGUUCAACCAGGCUAUUGAUGAAUAUGAUGAUGAAGAUGAAGAUGAAGAUGAAGGAAAGGCAAAUGAAGAGAAUGAGAAUAGCGAAAAUAAAUUGAAAGAAGGGACUGAGAGUGAAAGUGAAAGUGAAGAACCUGAUGAAGAAAGUGAAGAUAACGUUGACCGCAACGAAAAAAUUGAGGAGGUGGAAAAAUCUGCAACUACUGCACUUGCUAAGGCACUCAAAAUUGAAGAAGCUGGUUUGGGACAUCGUAAAAAUAAUCAUGAUAUUUCGGCAAAUAGAGAAGCAGACGAAAAAGAAGAACAAGAACAAGAACAAGAAAACGAUGACGACAACGAAGACGAUGAUGAUGAUGACGAUGAUGACGACAACGCAUAUGAAUCUGACGAAUCCAUGUCUGAUGAACAAAUGCUUGCAAUUGAUUCUCAAUUGUCUGCAAUUUUCCAACAGCGUAAAAGCUCUCUUGAUGAAUUGAGAUCUUCCUCGAAAAAUGGCAAUGAACGUAAAUUGGAAGCUAAGAAUGCAAGAGAAUUGAUGGCAUUGUGUAAAUUAAGAGUUCUUGAUUUGCUUGAUUCUUACGUAUCAAAUCCAGAAACACAAAUCCAAAUUGAGUGUGCGUCAAUUGCCAUAAUACUAUUAGACUUGAUGGAAUUAACCAUUGACAUUAACGUGGGAGAAAAAGCACAUAAGCUUAUCAAAAAAACUUGUAAACAUACUUUCCAAAUCCCGGAGGACAAAUUAGGAGAUAUUUUUGAUUUGCUUGACCAAGUUUUAUCACGUGCAUCAAAGGGGAAGUUUGCAGCCCUUGGGCAAGCAUGUUCGCAAGUAGCGAUCUACCUCGUGCGUUCCAUUGUUGCUGUGAACCCUGAAAAAUAUGAGGAGUUCAUCUCUAGGGCUACUGAAAUAUAUUUAAAGCAUUUGAUCAAGUGGGCUGUCACUCCAAGGGAUAAGGCAAAUGCAAGUCUUUUUACUGAUUUCGUUAAUUGGUUAAACACAAAGAGAACGCCAAGAAGCUGA